AUGUGCAUUAAUUACCGGCAAUUGAACAAUGUGACGAUAAAGAACAAGAAUCCACUGCCGAGGAUUGACGAUUUGUUCAACCAGCUUCAGGGUGCAAAGGUGUUUUCAAAGAUAGACUUGAGAUCUGGCUACCAUCAGCUGAGGAUUAGGGCGUCCGAUGUCCCUAAGACAGCAUUCCGCACUCGGUAUGGGCAUUAUGAAUUUUUAGUCAUGUCAUUUGGGUUGACCAAUGCCCCAGCAGCGUUUAUGGAGUUGAUGAACCGAGUGUUCAGGCCUUAUUUGGACUUGUUCGUGAUAGUCUUUAUUGAUGAUAUUCUGAUAUAUUCCAGCAGCCAGGAGGAGCACGAGCAGCACCUCAGAGUGGUUCUUCAGACUCUGAAGGAUAGUCAGUUAUAUGCUAAGUUCUCGAAGUGUGAAUUCUGGUUGCGUUCGGUUGCAUUUCUGGGUCACAUCACGGUGUCGGAGCAGCCUUUGGACAGCAGUAGCAGAUUGGGAGCUGACCUUCAGUCCAGAGACACCGAGCCAGCAGAAUCAAGUCAUUGCCCAACCCAUCAAGAACUCCCCGAGAUCCACCCGCACGCAACUAAGCCAUCAGGAAUGCACCUCCCCAACUCAAACGAGUCACACAAACCGUCCAAUCCAAGAGUGUUUCCAUAA